AUGGUCGUCAAACUAUUGCAUCAUGAGCAUGGCAAAGGCCGCGUUCGAAUGCUCAAGGUGACGCGCACACCGGCGAAGCAUUCGGUAUUCCAGCUGGAGGCGCAGGUGCUGCUGGAAGGUGCGCUCGCUGCCAGCGCCUACUACGAUGGUGACAAUAGCCAUGUACUACCCACCGAUUCAAUCAAGAACACAGUAUGGGUUCUAGCUAAGAAGCAUGAGUUUGCCUCUCUGGAGGAUUUUGGCAUCAUCCUGGCUGAGCACUUCGUCAUGAAGCACCCAGAAAUUGUCAGCUUGGCAAAGGUCAAGCUCUUUGAGAUGCCCUGGGAGCGUCUGGUACUCCCUGAUUCCAAAGGUGUAAUGCGUCCCCAUCACCACGCCUUUGUCAGCGCCAGCCCUGGCUUUUCUACCGCAACUGUGACGGCGCGCAAGUCGAAAUACGGGGACCCAGAGGUGACGGUACAAGGCGGUGUAGACGGCCUCAAAGCGCUUAAAACCACCCAAAGUGCUUUCGUCAACUUCUUACGCGACGAAUUUACAACGUUGGAAGACGCGCCCGACCGCCUCGUCAGCACUUGUAUUUCAUCUACAUGGACUUACAUAUCUGAAACCACCCGUGGAGACUUUGCCACUAAAGCAGCGGUAAUUAAGAACGUGUUGCUUGAGACAUUUGCGGGUCCGGCCGAUGUUGGCGUACCCAGCCCUGCCGUACAGUUUACGCUGUACAAGAUGGGUGAAGCGGUACUGGAGAAAUGCUCAUACGUCAAGGAAAUAACGAUUUCAAUGCCGAACAUCCACAAUAAUCCCAUUGAUUUGUCUCGCUUUGGUUGUAAAAAUAUUCAUCCACACGGCGAGGUAUUUCUGCCGAUCGACGAGCCACACGGUAUCAUUUCGGCCACGAUAGUGCGCUCGACGGCCAAGCUAUAG